UCUGAUAGAAAUGGAGUAUAUUACAAACAAGAUCGAUAGAGAGAGCCUCAAGCCUGGAGAUCACAUCUAUGCUUACAGAAAAUUGCACUCCUACUCUCACCAUGGUAUCUUCAUUGGGGGAGAUAGAGUGAUUCACUAUAACAAAACACAAGAAGGAAACACAUCGAAACGAGUCAAGCAGUACUGCAAAAACUGCGGGAUAGACGAAAACCCCCUUCGAGGAGUCGUCAACUCCUGCGUCGACUGCUUCCUCAAACGCCACACCCUCCGCCGCUUCCAAUACGCCGUGGGUAAAGGCCGCUACCUCCUCAGCUGGCCAGGCACAUGCACUACUGAUCCUGCUGAACAGCCAGGAGUGACCAUCAGACGAGCCAAUGACUUGUUUAACAAUAAAGUUGGGUUCGGGGACUACAACUUGUUUGAGAACAACUGCGAGGCAUUCGCGGUUUUCUGCAAGACGGGGAAUCGUGUGAGCCACCAGGCGUACUCAGCCAAGUUUUGGACCAAGCCUUCUUCUUCGUGAUGUGUCGGUUCACGUUCAUCACGGCGAGGACAAGUACAACAAGUUGAGGCAGAGGAUUGAUAGCUGGCUCGCUGAAAUGUCGUUGCUUAAGCAAAUCAUUGCCGAUCUUCAGAAAUCAGAAGGAUCAGGAGAGUCAUCAACUCAUGAUCACCGGCGCCUGAGAGUUGAAUUGAUUUGAAAUUAAGGAGCUGUAUAUGAGAUCCAAGGUGGUUAGUUGAUUAUUACUGUUUAGGUAAUGGAGUGUUAUUCUAUGUACGUUGGAAUGACAAAAUGCAUAUAUAA